GGGAAUGUUUCCAGCCGUUUGAACGCUUUUGUAACAUCAUGGCACAGCCAGGUUACGGGUACCCACCGCCUGUGGAAAGUAACCCUCAACUUCAAGGAGGUUAUCAACCACCUCAAGGAGGUUAUCCACCGCUUCAAGGUGGUUAUCCACCACCUCAAGGUGGUUAUCCCCCACCACAAGCAGGUUAUCCACCGCCAGCACAACCUGGAUAUGCUCCCACUCAACCUGGCUAUGCACCGCCUGUUAGCCAACAACCUGGUAAAAAAAUUAAGUUUUUGACGGCUUUUUGAAUUGCUUUCAAUCAGGGCUGUCACUCUUUAACAUCAGUUUUCAGGUCAUUAACUAUUGCUUACGAUCAAAUUCAGAAAAAGUUCUUCACCCCGCCAUACGUGAUAACGAAAUUUGUUCGUCGGUGGCUCGAAACUACACCGUGCUUAAAACAGGAAAAAAUACUUUCUAGAUUACUAAACCUAGUUUAAUUUAAUUUUAUUAGAAAAUAGAGCGAAGAAAUUCGAUCAAAAUAUAGAAUACACUUCGUAAGGUUUUCCAAUGUACUGUCAACGAGAUUCAUGGAGAAUCACCUCGGAAUUGUUUGUCGUUUUAGUAAUGUAAUGUGAGCAGAAGCUCUCAUAUAGAGUGUUAAAACUACAAAAAUACAAACUUUGUUUAUUUUGUCGAAGGAUUUGCAGCCCCAGCUCCUGCAGGUUAUGGACAAAUGCAAUGGAUGCCUCCUCCCCCAGUUCCAGCGAACUGUCCUCCAGGACUGGAAUAUCUAACCCAAAUAGAUCAACUUUUAAUAAAACAGCAAGUCGAACUCCUAGAAGGUAAAUGUUUAGAACUCGGCUGUUUAUUCCGUUGGUUUUUUCUUUGAAUAUAUGGUUACAAGUAAUCUUUUCAGACUUAUGUGCAUGCACAUAUAUAUUUAUUUGUUUGGAUACUUUUACAGCUUUCACUGGCUUUGAAACCAACAACAAAUACAAGAUUUUGAACAGCAUGGGACAGCAGGUGUUUUUCGCAGCGGAAGGUGAGUACAUUUAGUUGUCACGUAUACUACAAUUUUGCAGUAAUAUUUUGAGGCUUCAUAUAUUAAAACAGAAUUCCACUAACGAAUUGAACGCACACCUUAUUAAUUCAGAAAGAUAUAUGCAGUUCUCAUUAAUUUUUAAAAAACUGAAGGAAUACUUAGCGGUACAUGCCAAUUCAUGUUUCAACGGAACUCUUUUUUUUUCCAUCAUUAUUCGUGUUCGCGGUUUCCGUUUUUUAUAAUGAGCAUGCGAAAACAUUUUUCCGCAUUCUUUAAUAACAAAUCAUAAGAAAUAUGCGUGUUAGGCUGGAUUUUACUUUGUACAUUUUUUCGUUAUUUGUUCGGUGAAGUUCGAGACAGAGCUAACUUAAUUAAAAUUAUGAUCUGGAAUAAGGCGCAUGAAAAUUUGAAAUUUUGUUCUAUUUUGAUACGCUUUGGUUGAUAUGUGCAGUGUAAUUUCAUAUUAAAGUUUCUUAAUUAGUUUUAAAUCAUAAUUUAGUGGCUGGAUUUUUUAGGGAAAUUAGCUUGAAAUUUUCCCUGAUGAAUCACGAAGGCUUGUUAAUAUUUAUACAAGCUUAUUUAAGUAGAGUGGAGCAAUAAUUAUAUUUCGGUAGAUCAUGGUUUAUAUUCAUUUAACUCAAUUUUUCAUGGUUAAAUAUUAAAAAAAAAAAUUUAACUAUACUAUUUACAUGGAUGGCCUUCCUUUCCCAGUAUCUCUUUGCCCUUUUCGCUGACUCUACCCUAUUUCUGAGAAUUCAGAUCUAAUAAACUCUGAUUAUAAGAUUAUAAAUGAUACAUUUUUCUGUUGAUGUGUUUUAGAUACUGAUUGCUGUACACGACAGUGUUGUGGCCCAGGAAGACCUUUUGAAAUGAAAAUCCUGGACAAUCAUCAGCAGGAAAUUGUGCAUUUGACUCGUCCUCUGCGUUGUCAGUCUUGCUUAUUUCCUUGUUGUCUUCAAGAGAUUGAAGUGCAAUCACCACCUGGGACAGUCCUUGGCUACUGUGCUCAAGAGUAAGAAAACUUAUCGCUUACUCACAAAGAGAGGGCAUUUUGAUUGAGAAUUAUCAUGGGACCAAAACCUCAGUAAUCACAACGGCCAAUCAACCCAUAAUGAAAAUUAGCAAAAUGCAGGAAGUAUGGGAAAACUCAUGUGAACUAGUCACAAUUGGGUUUUUUCUAAUCUGAUGGGUGAAAAGGCUGGAAAAGUCUUUUGGACCAAUCUUGGAGGAAAUCGAGCUAAAUCAAAACAAUCCCAUAUUACUUUUGACACUCUGUUGAAAAUAGCUCUAUGUGGGUCCUUGCUUAACUCAUUAUGGGAAAUAAGUGCAUCUUGAGAUAAAAAUAAAUCUGAAAAAUUUGUGAUAGUUAGAGGUUAUGACAGCCUUUCUUUCAAUUUUAAGUAUGUCUGUCACAUGCUUUUAGCAAACUAGAAUUAAGGUGUACACGCAAAUAUUAUUUUAUCUUUAGAUGGUCAAUAUGCAUUCCUAAGUUUACAAUCCAGAAUGCUGAUAGAGAAACAGUCCUUAGAAUUGAAGGACCCUUCUGCCAGUGCAAUCUCUGUGGAGAUGUUGACUUUCAGGUAACAGCUUGCAACAUUGUGGUGGAAUUUUUGAUUGUUUGCAUUUUAGUUGGCUAUAUUUACAAAUCUGUUUGCAUUCAACACACUGUAUUUGACUUAACCCUUUAACUUCCAAGACCUGAUUGUCAAUUCUUCCCUCUGGCUGCUGCACAUUUCCUUGUAAAUUAGUUAUGGGAACUUGGUGCUAGAUUAAGAUAGCAGCUUCUAUAUGAUGAGUUUGAAUAUUCUCAUAACCUGUUUGCUGACUAAUGUAUGGACAUUAUAGGGAGAAGUUUCAUGUUAAUCACUUCUGGGGUUUAAAGGAUUAAGAUUGAUUAAAACAAGGUUACAUUGAACCACUGAAGCCUCUUAUAUGGUUCCUUCCCUAUCUGCCUUAAAAUUACUUCAUCUCAAUCGGCCAUGCUUUACUAGGAAUGGUUUUCUACUGUCACACAAUGUAAUAGCCCCUUGGAUGUGAAUAGUGACAUUCCAACAGAAUGCUGCUAGUUUUCUCUAUGCAACAAGAGUGACUGGUUGUUGAGGUGGACCUCUUUGCUUGAGGAAUACUUGAUGAUACUUCAUCACUUGUGUUAACUGGUAAUGUUAUGUUUUCUUUGUGAAUGAAACAGGUGCUCUCUGCAGAUGGCCAGAAUCAGGUUGGAAGAAUUUCUAAACAGUGGACUGGUUUGGUAAAGGAGGCGUUUACUGAUGCAGACAACUUUGGUAUCACAUGUAAGUUAUUAUCUUAACUAUUUGAGAGAAAUUACUGCCAGCAGUGAUCUCUGACUUCCUCUCUCACAUGUUAACUUAACCCUAUAACCCCUGAGAGUGACUGGCAUCUAAUUGUCUCCUUACAUUAUCACCCCUGAAUCACACAUGAAAGUCAUGAGAGAAUAAAGGAAAUGAUCUCUAACCAAAGAAGCUCUUGAUUGUUAAACAAAUUAUUCCGGUCAGCAUCUCAGGAGAUGAGUAGGGAACAGUAUGGAUAAUAUGCAUACUGAUGUUAGGGUGUACAGGGUUAAAGUGGUUUGGUUGCACAGUUUUGACUCUCAAUGGUAGUGCACCCCCAGCUCAGUACUCUCAACUCUGUUUACUUCCUAUUAUAUGGAUUAUAUGAGAUGCACCUCCCAAAAAGCCUAGGGAUACAUUUUCAGGUGAAGCAGUAUAUCAAAGGGUAGGGAAUUCAUUAUCUAAGGUAUAGGAAAAAGAAAGAAAUGGUUUUCAUUUAAUUGUGUUUGAAAGGGCCCAUAGGUUGAUCUCUGGAUGCUUUUUAAAGCUUCCUUGAAAAUAAGAGUUUUUCAUUACUAAGUUAAGUGCUUUUAUUUUACUUUUGUGUUUCAACUGUUACAGGGCAGAAAAGGAAUGUUGUGUUUUAUUUCUAUGUGAAUAAAAGUGAUCUUUUUUUCUUUUUGGAAAAAGAGGUACAUAGAACAGAUUAUGUCUAUUUAUAGAAGUGGCUAGCAUUUUUUUAAGGAUUUUUUUAUUAAAUUUGCAGUUCCUAUGGAUCUUGAUGUGAAAAUGAAGGCUGUUGUACUUGGUGCUUGUUUUCUCAUUGUAAGUACACUUGCUGGUCACUUUCUGUAUGAACUAUACCUAGUAGAGGAUAGCUAAGGGGAGUGGGGUCCUGAUCCUGUUUUACACACAUUUAUGGAAAAUUAAUUCAUCGUGUUUAUGAGAGGAAAACUUAAAAUCUCUCAUCUUGUGUGAAAGAGAAAAUUUCUGGAGGCAAAUACAUGUCAGGCUGGUUCUUAAAUUCACAAAUCCUGCUCACCUCACUGGAAAAUUCACACAUUACAUGUUAAUUUUGUCCUCAGUCACACAUCACCACUAGUGGUUGGUGUCCCCAGCAUGACUCAGUGUCCAACCACUUGUAGUUGGUACCCCAAGUUAGGCUCAGUGUCAGUAGCCACCUCGGUGGUGUUCUCAACACGACUCAGUUUCCAGCCACCUUAGUUGUGUCCUCAACACAACUUGGUGUUAGGCCACUCAUGGGUUUGAUCCCAAGUAUGAUUUCAUGUCCAGUCACUCAUGGGUAGUGUUCCCAGCAGGACUCAAUGUCCAGCCACUUCCCCAUGCUAGAGGUUAUUAGACACAUCACUUGGAUGUUGGCUCGAAGUUGUUAAUGAGGAAUUGGAGGUGGGAGAAUUCUCCAGCUACUGUGCCAAAUUCUCUACCUAAAUUCUGAUUACCUGAGCUAUUUUAUUCAACUAAUAGAUUUUUCUUCUGCUGCCACUGUACACAAUUCUCCUGAUGCUACAGUUUAACCCCUAAGUGUGACUAAAAUCUUAUUUCUCCUUACAAAAUUACCCUUAAAUUAACAGUAAGGUUAUGAGAAUAAAGGAGAUGAUCACUAACUAAAGAGGGUCUUACUAAUUGAACAAAUUCUCUUUGUCAGAACCCAAGGAAAUGUAUAGGGAGUAGUAUGGAGAAGAUGCAUACUGAUGUUAGGGAUUAAAGGGUUCAUGAAAACAAUGCUACUUAUAAGAGAACUUACCUUUCUUCAAGUUAAAAAUGAAUGUAUGUAGUGUUUGUGUAUACCUCUGUAACUCAAUUGUAUGGUGGUUUUAAAAAUCUUGCAAUUUUUGUUCCUGAAAUCCGUUUACUUCCCUCUUCAUAGGAUUUCAUGUUCUUUGAGCAAGCACAGAACCAGGAUAAUAGCAGUUAUUAAUCAGUACCACCAGAAAAGUUUAUCAAGUUUAGCAGGGAAGGAACCAGAAAAGAGCAUGUAUACGUAAUGUUUUGCAGGAGUGCAGAGAAAAGUGAUUUAUUGCUAUAUAGAGAUUGUCAAUGACAUGGGCAAUCCAGCCUUUCACUGAAGCUGUAUACCUUUUUUUUUCUUUUUUUUUUAACGAACCGUUUCAACAACCGUUUUGUCGCACAAGGCUGUUUCCUUGUGGUGGUGUGAUAUCACGCAAGUGUCAUAGAUAGUCAUCAUAUCACGCUCUUCGUAAAAUCCCGACGAGAUCAAUAUUUCAUUUUUUUUUUGUUUGUUUACAAGGUUAUAGUCGUUCGUGGUUGACACUCGUUGAUUUUGAUGUUUUCAUUUGACUAAGUUUUUUAACAACCAGGAGAAGUAAUUGAAAGAAAGGGCUAUCUUGAAACUGAAAGACUGCCUCGAGACUGCCGUUUCGGACAGUUGCUAAUGGAAAUUUGACCCCCUAAAGAUAUGUGCAUGUCUGAAAACAUAAUGAUUGUAAUAAUGUAGAUGUUUUCAAGUGAUUACCGCUGAUCGUUGACAAAACAUAGUUUGUUGCUGGAGUAAAGUAUUCUCAAGUAUAAAUUUUUAUCGUUCUCCUUUGAGGCCGUUCAUCGGCAAGUUACAUUAUUCUUCCUUUAAAACAGCCGCGGUGUUUACGUUGCGUGACUUCCUGGGCUCAGUUGCGUUAAGGGCGGAUAACGCCAUCCAACGAAUAAAUCACUAUCCAGCGGAUAAGUGAUAGAAAAACGUAUAUCGUU